CUUUGACUGGAGCGGACGCGUGUGGGCGUAAAGCUGUGAACUCACGAGUGUUUCGUAUGCGUGUUGUUGUUAAUUUCGUGACUUAUGUAUAGACUUUGGGAGAACAUUUAAAUCGGAACGCCGAUGGAAUAUAAAACGUAAAAUAAUGUUGACGAUAUAUUCACGUGUCAGACCAACAUGUAACAUCCUAACAUGAACCCUUUUACCUUCGCAAUAUUCAUCACCAGCCUCUUUUGGCUUAACCUGAGUGACGCUAAAAUAGGGUACUUCUGGCACAUCACAGAUCUUCAUUACGACCCGUUUCACAACUCCCCAGAGUUCCAUAGAGGCUGCAAGCAUCGUGGUAACAAUGACCACAACCACAGAAAUGGCCGCCACCGGGACCACACAUGUGACAGCUCAUGGCUCCUCAUACAAAGUGCUGUCUCGUUUAUGGCGGAGAGACAUCCAGACACCCUUGAGUUUGUGCUAUGGACGGGGGACAUCCUAUCAUCAUCUAUGGAGCACCUCGGUGACGAAAUCAGAAUGGAAGCUGUGAGGAACGUAACUGACCUGCUAAGUCGGACAUUUAGCAGUCAGUUUGUGUUCCCAGCUUUGGGUCAUAACGACCCUCCACCUUCCAGAAGACUUAUUGAUAUGUGGAUGCAAUGGCUGCCUUCUGAUGCGCUGACCACAUUUGAAACAGGCGGCUAUUACACGAUUGAACAAUCAUAUAGCAAGCUACGCAUUGUGGUACUAAACAGUGUGCUGUGGGCUGGUGGGGCCGCCACCACUGAUGGUCCCCAUAGGGGAAGAGCUCAGUGGGAGUGGUUGGAACGCGUUUUAAGCAAGGCUAGAAGGAAAAACGAAAUGGUAUAUCUGGUCGCUCACGCUGGCCCAGGUGUCGAAGAGAGACACAACGCUGGAAGUUCUUCAGCGGCUGGAGGUGGCGAACUCACUCCAACAGCUAAUUCAAAUUUAGUACGCAUUAUCAAAGCUUUCAGUGACGUCAUCGCUGGGCAGUUUUAUGGCCACCGCCAUUCUGACACCUUUAGGCUUAUGUAUAGUGAAGGUCGUCCAGUGUCAUGGGCGUUAUUAGCGCCCUCAGUAACGCCGAGGGGCGCUGGGAGUACGUCUAAUCCAGGCUUAAGGCUUUACAAAUUUGAUACAAAUAAUGGAAAGGUGUUGGAUUAUACCCAGUUCUACUUAGACGUAACUAACAAAAAAGGAGAAUUGCAUUGGGCCGUCGAAUAUAACUUAACACAGUAUUAUAAUCUCCGGGACAUCACUGCAGUGUCAUUGGAUGCUUUAUCGAAAAAAAUAAGAAAUUAUAACGACCGAACGUACUUGCACAAGUACUUAAUGGCUCUCCACGUACGUCAUGCACCAGAUAUAUCAAACUGCGAUACAGCCUGUGUCCACGUUCACUAUUGUGCAAUAACUCAUGCCGAAUUCCUUGAUUUUCGCGCUUGUGUACGAAACCCAGCGUCCGCCCUUGCAUCGCGCGCGCCGCAUCUUUCAUGUGCUAUAUUGCUUUAUGCAAUAGUCUUGCUGAUUAGUUCGAGAAGGUACUAGAAUGUAUGAAGUAUUCAACAAUAUUCUUGAUUUUUCGAGCAUUUAGGCUUUACAACAUAAUUGUUAAUUGAUCGUUAUUGUGAUGAAAAAAUGUGUUAAAAUGUAAAAAUUGCUGUAAAAAUUUUGUCUUUUGCAAUCAUGUAAUAACAGUUAGUAUGUAAAAAAUUUAAGAAAAUAUAAAUCCUAAUAUAUAUAGUUUUUUUUAAUUAUGAUGCGAUUAUUUAGCUCCCUACGUUAUUAAACAAACACAUCUGUAUCAAUGUAAAUAUAUCAACAUGCGAAUCGGUUAUUGACAAGUAAUAAAUAUUUAAAUUGUGGGUUUAAUUGAAAGUAUUAAUUCCCAUGUAUUGUGUAAAAAUAAUUGUAGUUAUUAUUCUAAUAAUAUAAAGCACUAAGUGUGCGUAUUUAUCUGG